AAGCUACUUUUUAAUCCACAGAUCUUUUCCAGGAUAUUUCAAAUCAAACUUCAGUCGUGGUAAAAAGAGGUGUUUGACUGCCACCAAGCAACUUGUUAAGACCAGCAAAACAAUGGCUCUCAAUUUUUAUCUUUUGCCAAAAAAUACAUCCCACACACCGUUGCCAACUGAGGAGCUUGAACUCCUCCAGGCAGGUAUGGGAAGACAAACAGUGUCUCUUCCAGAAGAUGGUGACCACACAGAGAUUUCAAAGCUCCUGGCUAACACAUUUCCAAAAAUGGAGGAUCUUUGUGGGGGAUGGCUCUUGCAUAAGGCAACAGGUGGCAGUGGUCGACGAAAGCUGACUGUCAUUCCACCAGAAGCAGAGGGGUAUUCUGUCAAAGCUCUGCGAGCUGCAUCAGCAGGGGGCAAAGCCACUUUUUACAUCGUACCACUCCAGGAGACUUUAGACACCUCUCCUCUGCCUCCUGACUCACAGCAUUUUUCAAAAAUGCCAAAGAAGACAUGCUACCAGUGUAAUGAGGUGAUGCCUUUGCAUAUGCUUGCAGUACACAUUAAGACAUGCAAGGGAAAACUCUCCUCCGAUGAGACUGGUGAAGAGUCCUCUGAUGAGUUAUGGGUUGUGGAGAAGUGCAAGGUGGUUUGUCCAAUUUGCACCAAAGAAUUCCCAGACGAUGAGAUCACAUUCCAUGCUAGCCUAUGUGGAGAGAGCUUUGAAUGUACAGUGACUUCUGAAGCAAAUGGCAGUGGCCUAAGUACGCAUGCUCAAACUCCAGUAUGUAAACCAAGAAGGUAUGUUUUAUUUAGAUGCCCUUUGUGUGAGUUUAUAUCAAAUACAUAAAUAUUUAUGUGCACCAUAAUUUACACAAUUUAUGUUUUCAUGUUUUUUAGCCAUCUUAUCCAGACAUCAUAUUCUAUCAAAUGAUUUAACACA